AUGGUUCACGAAUACAAACUGUCGUACUUUCCUAUCCGAGGUUUGGCGGAGUCAAUUCGCCUGAUGCUGCAUGAUAACGAAGUGACAUUCGUUGACGAUCGUAUCAGCAAGGAAGACUGGCCGAAGUUUAAGCCAAAGAUGCAAUUUGGCCAAAUGCCGUGCCUUUAUGAUAAUGGAGUUCAGUACGUGCAGUCUGGGGCGAUCAUUCGUCACCUGGCUCGACAGAUAGGUAUGUACGGUUCAGAUGAACACGAAGCAACCAUGGCUGACAUGAUGUACGAAGGCGUUGGCGACAUCCGCAAUAAAUACGCAAAGCUAAUCUACACAGACUAUAGUGAAGAAAACAAAGCCAAGUUCAUCAGCGAGCUGAUUCCUCCAAAUCUUGAAAGUUUCGAGAAACUGCUGGGUGGCAAAAAGUUCGUCUGCGGCGACAAAGUUCUGUAUCAGUUUAAUUUUCUAUUUUGUGUAACGUUUGCUGAUUAUGCGCUGUUCGAAAUUCUUGAUUGUCUCGUCGUCCUGUCUUCGACUAUUCUGGAUAAAUAUCCUCACUUGAAGGCAUAUCACGCAGCAUUUGGUAACCGUCCUCAUUUGAAGGCGUACAUGAAUUCGGAUCUGCGCAAGAAUGCAAAAAUCAAUGGCAAUGGCAUACAGUAA